UCAUCACUAGAUGCCGGAAGAAAAUGUCACAUGUGUCAACCAACCUCUAAAGCACUGCUGAAUUUGCACCCAUCUAGUUGCUUUUAGGUAAAUAAUGUUUUAAGAAAAGCGUGAGGAAAUAAGUCAUUAAUCGGUGUUGUUUUUUUUAAUGACCGUGGCGUAUUUAUAAUGAAUACGGUCCAUUUGAAGCUCAGGACCUUUACACUUGUGUUUAUUAAAGGCAAAGCUCUGUCUGCGGCUGUCACUCGCUGUGAGUUUACUCUCCACCGGACUUUCUUCCAGUUAUUCCGCACAAUGGCUACGAAUUAUAGUAACACCCUGGAGACGACGCAGCUGCUGGGACCGAAGAAAGUCAAGCAUAAGGAGCCUCUGCGCCGGGUGAAGACCAAAGAGAGCCGGGGCAAACGGGAGGACGUUCACGGACCGGCCAUCGUGUACCUGCAGGUGGUCGGGGCUGGGAGCAGAGACAACGCUGCCUCCCUGUAUGUGUUCUCCGAUUACAACAGAUACCUGUUCAACUGUGGAGAAGGAACACAGAGACUGAUGCAGGAACACAAACUGAAAGCUGCUCGACUGGACAACAUCUUCCUCACCAGGAUGAGCUGGGAGAAUGUGGGGGGGUUAUCAGGGAUGAUAUUGACUCUAAAGGACACAGGUGUGCCAGAGUGUGUUCUCUCUGGACCUCCACAGCUGGAGAACUAUGUGAAAGCCAUCAAGUCGUUUUCUGGACCACUGGAGGACAUCAAGCUGUCUGUGCGACCGUACACCGAAGAGAUGUACACGGAUGAAACGAUGACCGUUUAUCAAGUGCCAAUAUUUGCGCAGUUGAAGGGUGACGACAGAUCGCUCUCCCCCAAAUCGGGGAGGAGCAGCCCGUCCCACAGCCCUCCCUCCCCCAGGAGAGACGACUCCUACAGCAAUAGCCGUGGAGAUAGUCCAGGUGAAAGACGAAAAGCCACUAGAGACAAGUCUUUGGUUGUUUGCUACGUCUGCAAGCUUCACCCAAAGAAAGGAAACUUCUUAGUCGCUCAAGCCAGGGAGCUGGGUUUGCCUGUUGGCACAUCAGUGAUUGGUCCUCUCAUAGCGUCUUUGAAGUGCGGAAAAAGCGUCAUGUACGAAGGCAAAGAGAUCCAGCCGGAGCAGGUCUGCACUCCUGCUGACCCAGGACCGACCUUUAUUAUCAUCGAGUGUCCGUCUGAGGACUUCAUCGAGGCGGUUUGCUCCAAUCAGCAGAUGAGAAGAUACCAGACAGGAGGGACAGAGGACUCUGCAGUGAUGGUCGUCCACAUGACUCCAGAAUGUGUUUUGAAAACAGAUCAAUACAGGAAGUGGAUGGAGAGAUUCCCCUCCACCACUGAACAUCUGAUCCUUAAUGAACACAAUUGCACGGUCCACAACGUUAGAAGUGUCAAAAUCCAAGCCCAGCUGAACAUGAUCCACCCGGAGAUCUUUCCAGAGCUCAAGACUUUCAAAACAAAGGAGGCCGAGGCAGCGCUGCACGUCUCCAGCGUCAGAGCCCAGUGUCUGCUCAAGUUCCAGCUCAGACCCGUAAUGGGGUGGCAAAGAGACGCCCUCCUCUCCUGCAACACGGAGGAGUUUGUGAAAGAGGCGUCGGAGGUCCCAAACUUUCUGGAGGAAGUGGACAAGUGCAGGGAGAUUUGCUCCACUGCUGCUGCUCAGCGUUCUGGGCAAAGAGAGAAAUCCUUCGAGGUGGUUUUCUUGGGAACAGGAUCCGCUCUUCCGAUGAAGAUCAGAAACGUCAGUGGCACUUUAGUGAAUAUCAGCCCGAGUCAGUCCCUGAUGCUGGACUGUGGGGAGGGGACCUUCGGGCAGCUCUGCAGACAUACGGAGACGCUGUGGACCAAGCUCUGUCCAAAGAUCUCCACCGUCUCAUCUCACACCUGCACGCCGACCAACCACACGGGGCUGCUAAUGUUGCUGUAUCAGAGGGAAAGAGCACUGACAGCGCUGGGGAAGCCGUUCACCCCCGUGUUCCUGGUGGCCCCGCUGCAGAUCAUGUACUGGCUCAACCA